GCUAACCAUGUCUAGACAUGGACACACUAUUUAUGCCUCGUCUAGGAGAAUAGCUGGAGAUUGUCGCUACUUCACGAAGUAAACAAAAAUAUCGGAAACGACGCUCAGGCGCCAACUGAUUUUCGGGCCAUUUCUUCGCGCCCUUCUUGUCUCCACAAAUAUACCCAUUUCUAUUUUUACCUCAUACUUUUUAACCCUCUUAGAGUUUUAGAGAUGUCAAACUACCGUGGCUACAAUUCCGGCGCAUCUGGCAAUGAUGGCGGCUCAUAUGGAAACAGCGGUCGUGCCGGUGGCUCCUAUGGCAGUCCCAAUAGUGCUGCUGGCAGCUCUGGCGGCUUCCGUCGCUACGGAGGUGCUAGCUCCCGCUACAAUGCUAGUGGCGGUGGUAGCAACGACAGCUACGGCGACAGCAGCCAACAGCGUCAGUAUGACGAUUCGGACGAAGAAGUCGACUUCAUCAAGACAAAGAUUACCAAGGCCAAGCAGGACACCUUGGACUCGACCCGUAAUGCGCUGCGCACACUGCAGCAGACUGAGGAUGUGGGUGUCAAGACCCUGACGAAGUUGGGCGAGCAGACGGAGCAGCUGAACCGCAUCGACCGCACAAUGGAGAUGACUAGCUUGCAGGCCGAGAGCUCGGUGGAGCAGACAGGCAAGCUGCGCACACUCAACAAGUCGAUUUUCCACGUUCAUGUCAAGAACCCGUUCAGCGGCAAGAAGCGCCGUGAAGCAGAGAUGGCAAAGCUUGAGGCCGAACAGGAGCGUGUGCGCCUGGCCGAGGAGCGCAAGCUGCAAAACGACCACGAGUCGCGUAACCGGAUCGGCCAAUUUACGAACCCGAACGGGCUCCGGGCCGCCGGCCCACCAGGCCGCAUGACGGCCGAUGGCCACACCAUUGUGUCAGACACCGGUAUGUCAAGGUCGGAGCGCUCAAAGUAUACCUUCGAUGACAACGAGGAUCCCGAGAUUGAGAACGAGAUCAACGAUAACCUGAAUGAGAUGAGCUCGGCGCUGGGUCGCCUCAAGGACCUGUCUCUGGCCACGCAGCGUGAGCUGAAUGCCCAGGAUGACCCGCUCCGGCGUAUCACUGAUACAACUGACAAGACCAGCGACAACAUCGGCGUUGCUCGGUACCAACUCAGCCGCAUCAAGUAGCCAAUGUAAGGGGGCUUUCACUUUAUUUUCCUUUUUCCUUCCAAUAUACUACCACCAUUACAUUACCUGGAAUCUAGACGAACAUUCCAUAUUAUC